AUGCAGAUUAAUAAGGAAUAAUCGAAAGACAAAAUCCCUUAGGAUUCAAACAAUGAAAAUUCUCAUCCUUUAAUCAAUAUUAUUUGUAAAAACUUACAAAACAUUUGUACUCUUACUUCGUAGAUAAAAGCUAAGUAAAUUAAAAAGAAGAGUUUAAACUUAAAGAAAAAGAAGAAUAGUAAGACAAAAAUAUCAAAAAGGGAUAAAAAAACAAAUUAAUGUUAUUGUCAGACCUGUCUAGAUUUCAAGCUUUUAGAAUAUCUCUCAUAGUUGAGUGCUGUUGAAAAUUUACAGCAUCAGUUAGAUAAAGUUAAGGAGUUGAUUUAUCUUUUUGAAUGA